AUGGUUGACAAUAUGAAGAGAAGCAGCUUCGAAGUGUUGGGAAUGUGCUGUGCUACAGAAGCAGCACUGGUUGAAAGAAUUCUGAAGCCUCUUCAUGGAGUCAAACAUGUCUCAGUGAUAGUCCCUACACGAACAGUCACUGUGGUCCAUGAUGUUCUCUUCAUUUCUGUGUUACAAAUAGCUUCCUUUAUUGCUUCGAUUUAUGAGAACUCAUCAUGUCAAACCCUUGUUGAGGUUCUAGCAUCUGAUGCACUGAAUGCUGCAAGGCUUGAAGCUAGUUUGAAAGUACAGGGAGAGACUGAUAAUGAAAAGAAAUGGCCAGAUUUACCUACAAUGGUGUGUGGCUUGUUUCUGGCACUUUCUUUCUUGAAAUAUGUAUAUCACCCUUUGGAAUGGUUGGCACUUGGUUCUGUUUUCAUUGGCUUCCCUAAGGUUCUCCUCAGGGCCAUUGCAUCCAUUAGGGCUCUGACUCUUAAUAUCAACAUUCUGGUUCUAUUGGCAGUGUGUAGUACUGCUGCUUUACAAGAUUUCUGGGAGGCUGGUGUCAUCAUCUUCCUGUUCUCCAUUGCUCAAUGGCUUGAGACACGAGCAACUCACAAGGUGACUACAGCUGGAUUAUUGUUUGUCUAUACUCCACUCUUAUCAUGUGAUAGUGAAGAAUUUGUGUUUUCUUCUCUCUGGGACACAUUAAUCACUGUUAAGUUGUUCAAUACACACCUAAUACUUCAAGAAAACAUUUCUUUUGAAUAUGUUAUGGCAAAGGUGGCAAUGUCCUCUUUGACAAGCAUGGCUCCUCAAAAAGCUGUUAUUGCUGAAUCUGGGGAACGUGUUGACGUCAAUGAUGUUAAGAUUAACACCAUACUUGCAGUCAAGGCGGGUGACGCUAUUCCUCUUGAUGGAAUCGUGGUGGAAGGAAAGUGUGAAGUUGAUGAAAAGAUGUUAACAGGAGAAUCAUUACCUGUGAUCAAAGAGUUGGAUUCAAUAGUGUGGGCUGGAACUAUUAAUGUCAAUGGAUAUAUAAGUAUAAAAACUACGGUGCUGGCAAAAGACACAGUGGUGGCUAGAAUGUCAAAACUUGUUGAAGAGGCCUCUAGCAGAAAAUCUCGAACACAAAGAUUCAUAGAUAAUUUUGCGAAGUACUAUAUUCCUUCUGUUGUUUUGAUUUCAGCAAGCAUUGCUGUGGUUCCAGCUGCAUUAGAAGUGCCUGAUAUUAAGCCUUGGUUUCAUCUUGCAAUUGUGGUUUUGUUAAGUGCAUGCCCUUGUGCUCUCAUCCUAUCCACUCCGGUUGCAAUCUUUUGUGCACUCACAAAAGCUGCAAUAAGUGGGUUAUUACUGAAAGGUGGAGAUUAUAUUGAAACACUUUCUGGAAUUAAGACAGUCGCUUUUGAUAAAACAGGCACAAUAACGAGAGGAGAGUUCACCGUGACAGAUUUUUCUGUUGUAGAUGACAUUAGCAUUGAAACUUUACUGUACUGGGUUUCAAGUAUUGAGAGCAAAUCAAGUCAUCCUAUGGCAGCUGCUCUGGUGGAAUAUGGAAUGUCGCGUUCUGUCAGGCCAAUCCCUGAAAAUGUGGAGAAUUUCGAUAAUUUUGCAGGGGAAGGAGUUUUCGGUAGAAUUGAUGGGAAGGAUAUCUAUAUUGGCAAUAGGAGAAUUGGUGCUAGAGCUGAUUCCAAAAGAGUUGAUUGUCAUCUGCAAUUUCAAAGCCAUGAAAUUUCUAGCCCGAAACAAUACUGUGGACCAACUCUGGUUGGAGUAUUCAGCUUAGUUGAUACUUGCAGAUCAGGUGCUUUGGAGGCAAUAGAACAGCUGAAGUUGUUAGGCGUGAGAUCUGUCUUGCUAACAGGAGAUAGCACUCAAGCUGCUAUGUAUGUUCACAGUCAGUUGAACCAUCUACUAGACAUUGUACACGCAGAGCUUCUACCUGUGGAAAAGGCUGUGAUCAUUGAGAAUUGGAAGAAAGAUGGGCUAACAGCCAUGAUUGGAGAUGGCAUAAAUGAUGCUCCUGCAUUAGCCACUGCUGACAUUGGUAUCUCAAUGGGAAUAUCUGGUUCUGCUCUUGCAAAUGAGACAGGCAAUGCAAUUCUCAUGUCGAAUGACAUCCAAAAAAUACCGGAAGCCAUUCGGCUAGCAAGGAAAACAACUAGAAAGCUCAUUGAGAAUGUCAUUAUUUCAAUUGGCUUCAAGAGUGCUGUACUUGCAUUGGCAAUUUCAGGAUACCCUAUUGUUUGGCUUGCUGUGUUGACUGAUGUUGGGACCUGUUUACUUGUGAUUCUCAAUAGCAUGUUAAUUUUACAAGAGAAACCAAAAUAUGAAAGAAAAUCUACAAGUUCUAAAUAUGGCACUUUCUUGGAAGAUGUGACCACGACUUUACUUGACAAUGAAAGUAACAGCACUAAGAACCAAGGGCUUCUUACAUCUGAAGAGUGUGGUAAAGAUUGCUGUAAAGACGAUACUUAUCGUGUAGAAACUACAAGCAAGAAUGAAUCUUCUGGACGUUUGAAGAUGAGCUCACUCAAGGGAAACCAAAGCGGAAACUUGGUCUCUAUUGAAGUGCAUAUAGUGAAACCCUGCAAUGGUUGUUGUCUAAGUGAAGUCAAAAUGUGUGAGGACUCCACAUGCAGAACAAACAAUAGUUCUGAUUGUUGCCAAGAGCAAUCUAAGACUGAAAAAUGUGGCACUCACUCUAUUGCCAUAGAAGAUUCCAGCAUUGCUUCAUUGGAGUCUGAUGGCCUUAAGGACAAGUCUGUGGAUAUUUCAGAGUCGUCAGGGACAAAAGGGAUUCCAAAGUGCUGCAAUAACACAUGCUGUAAUGAUUUUAACAAUAUGAAUAGCCUUAGCCUUAGCCAGCCAGAAAUUAUUAUAGAGUGA